AGUUAUCAGAAGAGUUGGCUCUCCAGAAUUCCAAGGAAACUGAGACAGAGCAAACACAGAUUAUAGAUGCUGAAAAUGAAGUAGUCACCUUCAAACUGAAAUACUUAGGGAGUACAGCUGUGGAUAAAAUUUUGGGUACCAACGUCAGCACAGAAGCUGUCAAAAACAUUAUUAAAACAACCAAAGCCAAGGGAAGAAAAAAGCUGCAGAGAGUAAUUGUCAGUAUAUCUCUUCAAGGAAUAGCUGUUACCGAUAUAGAAGGAAAUGAUAUUUUGAAAAUUUCAAUUUAUAGGAUAUCCAAUUGUUCAACGGACCCAACUCAUCGUCAGAUCUUCUCAUUCAUUUCAACAGAUCCCGAUAAAACAUCAGAGUGUCAUGCUUUCCUAUGCCCAAGAAGAAAAGUUACAGAAACUGUUACGUUAGCUGUUGCUCACGCUUUCACCACCGCUUACGAAACAUGGCGACAACAGCCACAAACGAUAAACAAUUCAACCAAAAAUAACAUUCAAACACAAGAGGAUAUUAUAAAUGACUUGAACAAAGUGAAUGCCAUUAUCAAGAACGUUCAGGAAGAAAAACUAAUUGACUUUGAUGAUGAAGAGCCUUUUAACGAAUAUGAUCUUUUCUGUAUUGAUAAACCACCCAAUCAAAACAAUGUCAGCACACAUUGGGUUUCUUUUGAUGACGAUUUUUCACCAAGUGGUACAUCACCCAAAGAAACUCGGAGGUCGGAAUUCGCAUUUGCCUGAAUAUGGACUAUAUUGUUAUAAAUUGACGGAUAUAGCUGUUACUACAUGAUAGUAUGUCAUUAAUGAAGAAUGAGAAAUAAAACUUCCUAUGUUUUUAUACCACUUAUAUUUGUAACGAUAGUUACGAAUACAAGUGGUACAAAAACA